UUGCAAUGGCGGAAGCAGACGUCGAGGAGAUAGAAGCACUAAAGGCAGAAUUCGAAUGGAUUUUGCAAGAAGAAGUGAACAUAGUGUUGCAGCAGCUGCAGGAUAUCAUGCUGGAAUGCUCCAAGCGCUUUCCGCACUCAUUUUCCGACCAAGAAAAUCUUGUCAAGACCGACAAGCUGAUUCUGAACAGUACAAGCUCCACAUCUACUCCCGAGCAAAUCAAAGUCCUGGCAACAAUGUCAGGGGAUAGCAUCAGCCAUGCAGACAUCGCACUGCGCAUUCCCAAACAUCCUGGCACCACCCUGAGGACAAUAGUGCAAAAUGACUGCCAGUGGAAGCUCCAGCAGGUUCAAGACGCAGGCAACAACCUGAUGACUGCUCUGCAACUGCUCACACCACCACCACCAAGCACGAAGUUUGAGUUCAAGUCUGCAGAAGAGGUCACUCAGCUCAUGACUACCGUGAUGGGUUGCCUGCAGAGGGGUCGGGCGAGCCUCAUAAUUCCGAAGAAACGCACCAUCGACGAGAUCCUCGGAAGCCGGAACAUGAAGUCCCUGCAACCACCCCUGCCUCAAGACCUGGGUGCCAGCUUCUACGUGCAGUCCCACAAGCUCAUCUUUGCCGUGUACUACGUCCACAAGGACUCGCACGGACAGCCCAAGUUUGACGUCUUUCAGGCCGAAACAUCUGUUCCCUGGCUGAGUGAAGUCCUCGUACUCUUCACCAUAGCCCUGCAGCUCUGCCAGCAGCUUAAAGAUAAGGUUGGCGUGUUCUACCAGUACAGGGAGUUCCAUAUCCCGUAAUAGAAGAGGCACAAGCUCACAAGCUUGUGCUGUGAGAGGGGACAAAGGGGAAGGUGUAUUCAUAGAGAAAUACUUAAGGAACAACAACAAACUACAGCGUUGCCACACUACCAAAGCUGCACUAUGCCUAUGGAAGCGCAGUUCCUCUACAACGUUCCAGUUGGCAUCGCCACUACUGGCCCAGGCAGCUGAAAGAACUCAACUCGCCCAAAUGAUUUUUACUCUUAUUCUCUGUCCUUUCUCCCAGUGCUCGAAAAAGAAAAGGUCACGGGUAUCCAAGUGGAAGGCAUUAGUGUAGUGAGAAAAAAAAAAAGCGAUUGUACUAUGUCGUAUGCUGGCAAAACCAUAAUGGUGUGAACCAUAUGUAGGCUUAACUCCAGUUGUGACAUAGCACCUCUUGCAAUGCUACUGAUGCCUGUGUUUUCAACUUUUCUUGUAUGUCCCUUAGCUUUUUUUUUUUCAUGUAUUACACUAUAUUAAAUUAAUAUCUUUAUAUGCAAAAGUCAAAUGAGUAUAUCUUAGAAUAACUAAUACUUUUUUUUCGCACUGUGCGAAUUAUUUUUUCUAUCAACACGACUCCGUGUAGCAAGCAUGACUUGUCUGACUUAUGGGCAUCCCUGACGGAUAGUAAGCCCUUAAAGGUAGAUUGCCAACACACGCACUGUAUCACAUCAGUCGGUCUUACACUCUGUUGAAGGCUCUGUGGCCAUUUUUUUGUUUUCAUGAGUUUUUUAAAUUAUUCUAUAGAACAUAGAACAAAGACCACUGUCUUUUUUUCUUUUCAUUGAGUUUCUAAGAUGUCGCAUAUGCAUAAUAUGUAACAAAUUUUUGUUUUUGAAAUGUGCUUUGGGUUCACAUUUCAGUUUGAGUGUGGGAGAGCUGUAUAGCUGCAUGCCGCUGCGAGGAAUGUUAGAAAAGGCAGCUGUUUUGCAUUGUCUCAACAAUAGAUCCUUAUGCAUGUGACAAAUCAACAUUUUUCCUUAAUCUAAGCACCUUGCAAUGAAUGGUGUUUGUAUGCAAUCUGACACUUAGAUUAGUGGCAUUAUCGUCGGAGACCAAUAAGAUGUGAAGAUGAGAAUUGGAUCAGCUUAAAUAAGACUGCCGCUAAUACUUUGUAGCGAACAGAAUUACGAUUCGCUUCAACUUUCUGUGCAGCUGUGUACGCAGCAUCCAUAACAACGAUGGCUGCGUAAGAAGGCCACGUUCGACAUAAAGGAUGUGCGCAGAACUUGUGCUCAUGCGCACUAUGCAAAACGUGGCAUUCUUACAUAUGCGAUGCUUUUACAGACAAUGUAUGGCAGCACUGAAGCUUACUGCUGAUUCAAUUUCAGAAGUUCAAGUCAGCCGAACCUUAGUGUUUCAGUGUGGUCUUCUCGUUUCGUCUGUCUAUGAUGUAGAGUUUGCUGUGUCGUCAGAGCAUCCUUCAGUCUGUACCUUUGCAUUCGUCUACUCUAGAACUGUACACCUCGAUCCUAUCUUUCCCACUUUCACCAAAAGUAGCCAACUAACAAUGAAUAGAAUUGCAUUGUCUUAGUGUUUAAUCGUAGAUUCGGUACAUUGCAGAGUGCCAGUUGGCUAGAUAGUUUACGAAGCAAUAACUUCACUCUGCCAGCAUGCAUGUGUAAUGAUGAGCAUAGUGCACGUGCCAGACUUGGGAGGCAUCGUAAAGCAUUGAGUGAUAGCUGCCACUUAUAGAAGCUGUUUCUUCAAAUUUUUAAUAAUUUUUUUCUGCAUGUUUGCGUUAUAGUUGGUGCAUGUAUAUUAUGAAGAACUGUUUAUGUAUACAUAUUUUAUAUAUAUACAUACAUUAGGUUUUACACUUAUUACAAUGGAACUCAGAAGAAAAAGAAACUGACUUUUGUUGUGGAUUUUAAAUGAGAUGCUGAAAAUAUACUCUUCUUUUUAAAUAAAAAAAGAGGCAGUAUUAUUUUUUUCUGCUAAGAUUUUUCUGCCGGGAGUGUGCAUCAAUGGUCAUGCAACAUAUUCGUUAAGCACGCACACUUCAAUAGCUAAGUCUUUUUCUGCACUGAGGUUUGUCCUACUCAAUAUUCCUGCAUUGUGCCACGUUGCCAGUUAAUACUUUGACUUUCCAACAAUACAUGUGACAAAGCACUUUUAAGUCUUCCUUGUAAAAUAUUUCAUUACUAAAUAAUAUAAUAGUACUAGCACAUUGCAAGCAGCUUUGUGGCGGCUCGUACAAUCGUUUGUACUUCGCACAGUAGUAUACACACCAAAAUGUUACAAAUUUAUGUUUGGUCCACGUCGCAGUUACCUUCGAGUUGCAUUUGUCGGCGUGGUUUUACAUCACUCAGAUUUUGUACGUGGGUCACACUUCCCGCCGUACAAUGCCUCACCGGCGUGCAAUGGUGUAUUUUGUAAGACAGCAGUGGCCAUGUGUGUCCAAAAGCAUCAAACCGAUUGGCCAACACAGCUUGCUGCUUUGAAAACUAUGUUUUGAAGGAGCUGUUGUUAGUAAGGACAGGCUAUGCCAGAACUUCACAGAAAAGAAAAAAACGGGUCCAAAUUCAAUUUCCGUACAAAAAUGCAUGGUACUGAACUUCAUUACACUCUCAUUUUUCUUUGCUUGCUAACUUGGUGCACAACUUUGAGUACAUUUGCUCUAUAAUUGUGUUUCUGCAGACAGAAGCAAGUGUGGGCUUACAAAAAUUGAACCAUUUCAAUUUGGUCACAUAGCCUGAACCAUUGAACUGUGUCUAUCCCCUCAUUAGAGAGAAUAGACGUGAUGCGAGGCCAAUACUUUGUUUAUUGAGUCAUACUGACAGUUGUCAGAAGUUUAAUUAGAGACGUACUACAUCAUUAAAAGGCAUGAACAUGUAUGCCAAGAUUACUGAAAUUUUUAACUGAUAAUCUGGCUCUUCACAAAAAUCUCUUGUUUGCGUUAGUGUUUAUUUGCAUAACUUGCAUUGAACUGUAGCCUGUUAAUGCAGUGUUUGCAAUUGCAGUGAAUUGUUGGUUGCAUCGCUGAAGAACAGCGACAUAACUAAGCAGGGUAACCUAUUGGCUCUUACACAUUCAGCAUUUGGAGGGACAAACACUUCACUAGUAAGUUAGCUCGCUACAACGGUUAAAAAAAGCAGUGGUUGCAUUAUUUAAACACAAUAAUAAACACUUCCUGUGGCAGCAUGUGACAAUUUCUUAACAAAUGGUACGCUCCGUAAGUCACAAGAACAAAAUGAUUGUGUUCAUCUGCCCUGAAAGGCGAAAAAUGGCAGAGCAGUUUUGCUACUUCAAACGUUAGGUGACAGCGCUGUUCUAUUUGCCAUAUCUUGAAUUUUGGACCUUUGUCAUUCAGCAGCACUGUAGGUUCAUGCUAUAUUCAUUACUUAUGAAUAUAAAUCAAGACAAGUGCUAAAUUGAAGGACAGCAUUGCAGUUUACCAGAAAAGUGCAGCCUGUACGCCAAAUCUGAGCAAAAAAGACUCGCUGCCUCAAGUAAAUGAGUAAAUUUAGAGCGAGCUCCAGUGUCAACGAAACAUUCCACACAGUCUGCUAUCACUGCAUUGUAAAGCAGUAUUUUGUGGGUACUUAUUUAAAUGCAGGAGCAUCUUCUCAUUUGCGACCAAUCGCUUCAGUUGAUGAAGGAAGCACCAUGCAAAAUGGUCGUUGUGUGUCACUACAGUCAUUGACAGAUGGUCACCAGUGAACAUUAGGCUGAAAGCUUCCUGUCAUACAUGGUAGGUGAACGCAUUAGUGAGGCUGUUUUGCACGGUUAUAUUGUUUUGAUACUAGUGGAAAUACGAAACACUGAAUAGCUUUUCAGCAGUGUCUCAUGGAUGUCCACUUUUAAAAGAACAUUCUGUAGUAUACUUUUGAAUUUUUUAUACUGUUUGUUGACAUUGUUUACUACUUGUGCCAUUCUUUUUUGUUAUUUGUAUACUGAUGAGUUAGAAACAAUAAAAUGAUCCUAACACAAUUA